AUGGCGCCUCACGAGGGACUCGUCCACCCGAAAGAGUACGACAUCAAGGACAGCAACGUUGAGCUCAUCGGGACGGACAUCGACCACCGCCUCAAGUACAAGUCGGCCGCCACCGAGCCCGCAUGGAACGACGGCGGCGUGGGCCAGAAGCCGGGGCUGCGCGUGUGGCGCAUUGAGCAGUUCCAGGUGGUGCCGUGGCCGGCGCAGCGGUACGGCGAGUUCUACGACGGCGACAGCUACAUUGUGCUGGACUCGCAGCGGCUGGAGCGGGCCAAGGACGCCGAGGCGGAUCCCAAGAAGCUGCGGCACGAUAUCUUCUUCUGGCUGGGCAGCCACACGACGCAGGACGAGGCCGGGACGGCGGCCUACAAGACGGUCGAGCUCGACGAGUUCCUGCACGGGGCGGCGACGCAGCACCGCGAGGUGCAGUGCGCGCCGUCGGACGAGUUCCUCGCGCUGUUCCCGCGCAUGUCGAUCCGCGCGGGCGGCGUGCGGUCGGGCUUCCGGCACGUCGGCGACGAGGACAAGGCCCGGGAGCCGGUGCGCACGCUGCUGCGCGUCUUCAAGACGGGCAGCGGCGUCGUCGCCCACGAGGUCAAGCCGACGUGGCGCAGCCUCGACGACGGCGACGUCUUUGUCUACGAAACGGGCGACAAGGUCUGGAUAUGGCAGGGCCAGCGGUGCAGCCCCAUGGAAAAGGCAAAGGCGGCGCAGGUGGUGCACGACCUUACGCUGGCCAAGCACCUGGACGUCGAGGUGCUGUCGCAGACCGAGUCGCGCUCGCGCCGCAUCGUCGAGCUGCUGGGCGGCGACGACGACACGCCGCGCGACGGCUUCUCGCAGCCGCGGCCCCUCGCGGUGCCCGCCGGGGCCUCCAUCGCCACCGCGUCGACGACGAACCCAAGCCCGGCAGGCAACGGCGGCGGCUCCUCCUCCCGCCCGCGGAGGCUGUUCCGCCUGAGCGACGCCUCGGGCCAGCUGUCGUUUGACCUGGUCAAGGACGGCGGGCGCAUCUCGGCAGGCGACCUCGACGGCAACGACGUCUUCCUGCUCGACGACGCCGGCCGCGCCGUCUGGGUGUGGGAGGGCGCGGGGGCCAGCCGUGCCGAGCGGGCGCACUGGCUGUCGGUGGCGCAGGCGUAUAUCCGGCGCGUGCAGGGCGACGGCGGCGGCGGGGAUGCGCACCUGGCGCCGCUGGCGAAGGUGGUCGAGGGCAGCGAAUCCAGGGCUUUCCUGCGGGCCAUUGAGGCGCGUUGA